AUGGGUUCUAAAGUGUCGGAUAUUUAUUCUUCUAAUUCAUGGAAUUGGCCGAAUGAUUGGAGGGUUUCUUAUCCGGCUCUUAAUCAGCUUGAUCAGCUGAUUUUGGUGCCGAAUAAACCGGAUAAGCUUAUGUGGCGGCAUGGUGACAACUUGUUUGAUUUUUCUUCAUCGCGUGCUUGGGAUUCGGUUCGUUAUCAGGCUGGGGAGGUCGAUUGGAGCCGUAUUGUUUGGUUCCCUCAAUGCAUCCCCCGUCAUGCGUUUUUAAUGUGGCUUAUCAUGAGGCGGAAGUUGUUAACUCAGGAUAAAAUCUUGUCAUGGGAUUUUUCGCGUAGGAAGAAUAUGAAUAUGAUGUGCUGUUUGCUUUGUUAUGCCAACCACGACUCGCAUAAUCACCUUUUCUUUGAAUGCAAAUACUCUACUGAAGUGUGGCAUAAAGUUAGGCAGAAAGUUGGUAUGGUUGCGGUUCAACCUAAAUGGAACGACAUUUCUAACUGGUUGAUUGAGCAUUCCAAACCAAAUACGGUUGCUGGGUUCGUUGCUAGAUUGGUUGUGGCGGCUUCUGCUUACUUUAUUUGGCAUGAGCGUAAUUCGAGGUUAUUCAAGAACCAAUUGCGGCCUCCGGAGACUUUAAGUGAAAUUGUUCUUCAACAGGUACGGUACAAGUUGAUGGGAGCGAAGCUGAAGAAUUGUGUCAAUGUCCAAAGGCUUCUUGAGGAAUGGGGUAUUGAUGGCUCAGGUUUAUUGGAGAUGGCAGCUGAUUAA